CGCCGGCCGCGGGAGCACCCCGGGAUCCGCCGGCCGCGGGAGCACCCCGGGAUCCGCCGGCCGCCGCUCUGCGCGCUCCCCGCCGCUGCCCGCGCAGUUAUAACACAUGGUUUUAAUGCUCCAUCUGAACAACUGAGAUGAGACUGAAGACUUCCCUUUUAAAGGAGCCAAAACAUAAGGACCUGGUGAGCUGUGUGGGCUGGACAACAGCUGACGAGCUCUACUCCUGCAGCGAUGACCACCAGAUCCUGAAAUGGAACCCUGUGACCUGCGAGACCACUCGAGUGCUGAAGCUUCCAGAUGAUGUUUAUCCCAUAGAUCUGCACUGGUUUCCCAGAGGGAUUGGUGGCAAGAAGCAAUCCCAGGCUGAGAGCUUUGUUCUGACCAGUUCUGAUGGGAAAUUCCACUUGAUUUCCAAGCUAGGGAGAGUGGAGAAAAGUGUAGAAGCACAUUGUGGAGCUGUCCUUGCAGGAAGGUGGAAUUAUGAGGGAACAGCCCUGGUUACAGUUGGGGAAGAUGGCCAAGUGAAAAUCUGGUCUAAAACUGGAAUGCUGAGAUCCACUCUGGCUCAGCAAGGAUCUCCAGUGUACUCAGUGUCCUGGGCACCUGACUCUGACAAAGUUCUCUACACCUCAGGCCAGCAGCUGAUUAUUAAACCCCUCCAGCCAAAUGCUAAAGUUCUGCAGUGGAAAGCCCACGAUGGGUUAAUUUUGAAAAGUGACUGGAAUUCCGUAAAUGAUCUGAUUCUUUCUGCAGGGGAGGAUUGUAGGUACAAGGUUUGGGACAGUUUUGGCCGUGCCCUGUACAAUUCCCAGCCCCACGAGUAUCCCAUCACUUCCAUUGCCUGGGCUCUGGAUGGAGAAUUCUUUGCUGUGGGAUCUUUCAACACUUUACGUCUCUGUGAUAAAACUGGGUGGUCCCAUGCCCUGGAGAAGCCCAGCACUGGCAGCAUUUUUGGCAUCUCCUGGUCCAUCGAUGGCACGCAGCUGGCAGGAGCCUGCGCCAACGGCCAGGUCAUCUUUGCCCACCUGCUGGAACAGCACUGGGAGUGGCAAAACUUCCUAAUUACCUUAAUUAAGAGAAGAACCAUGAAGGUGCACAACGUCAUCAACGAGGCCGUGGAUCUGCUGGAAUUCCGGGACAGGGUCAUUAAAGCCUCCCUGAAUUUUGGAUAUUUGGUGGUCGCCACUUCCCUGCAGUGUUACGUGUUUUCCACAAAGAACUGGAACACUCCAUUGAUUUUUGACCUGAAGGAAGGGACUGUGAGUUUGAUUCUCCAAGCAGAAAGGCAUUUUCUUCUCGUGGAUGGUGGAGGACUUUAUUUAUAUUCCUAUGAAGGCAGAUUGAUUUCCUCUCCAAAAUACCCAGGCAUGAGGACAGAGAUUUUAAAUGCCCUGACAGUGUCCCUGAGCAAUGACACCCUGGCAGUGAGGGACAAGGCUGAUGAGAAGGUUAUCUACAUCUUUGAAGCUUUAUCUGGGAAGCCACUGGGUGAUGGAAAACCUCUGACCCACAAGACAGAGAUUGUAGAGAUUGCUUUGGACCAGAAAGGACUGACAAGUGAGAGAAAAAUAGCUUUUAUUGAUAAGAACAGAGAUCUUUUCAUCACCUCAGUGAAAAGGUUUGGGAAAGAGCAGAAGAUCGUCAAAAUAGGGACAAUGGUGCAGAGCUUGGCCUGGAAUGACACCUCCAACAUCCUCUGUGGCAUUCAGGAUUCCAAGUUCACAGUCUGGUAUUAUCCCAACACAGUCUACGUGGAUAAAGACCUUCUCCCAAAAACCCUGUAUGAAAAAGAUGCCAGUGAAUUCAGCAAGGCCCCACAGAUCCUGAGCUUUGUGGGGAGCCAGGUGACCAUCCGGAGGGCGGACGGGUCCCUGGUGCACCUGCACGUGUCCCCUUUCCCUGCCAUCCUCCACGGCCACGCCAGCGGCGCCCGCUGGGAGCAGGGCCUCCGCCUCUGCAGCUUCGUCCAGACAACAGGAGCAGAUGAGGACCAGACCCUGUGGGCUUGCCUGGCUGCCAUGGCAGUGGCCAGCAAGGAGAUGAGCACGGCUGAAAUCGCCUACGCAGCCAUCGGCGAGAUUGACAAGGUGCAGUACCUCCAUUCCAUCAAGGAGCUGCCCUCCAAGGAGUCCAGGCUGGCUCACGUGCUGCUCUUCAGCGGGAGCACGCAGGAGGCUGAAACCCUCCUGCUCCAGGCAGGGCUGCUCUACCAAGCCAUCCAAAUCAACAUCAACCUCUACAACUGGGAGAGAGCCCUGGACCUGGCAGUGAAGCACAGGACACACGUGGACACCGUCCUGGCUUACAGGCAGAAAUUCUUGGAGGAUUUUGGGAAAAAAGAAACCAACCAAAGGUUCUUGCAGUAUGCAGAAGGUCUGGAAGUGGACUGGAAUAAAAUCAAAGCCAAAAUAGAGAUGGAAAUUGCUAAAGAGAGAGAACGAGCAGCAGCCAGUGCUGCAGGGAGGAGCAGUGUGACUGUGCAGCAAUAAUUCACAUUUUGGGCACCUUCAAAGUGCUGCUUCAAUAUUUCAUACUGGUUUGUUAUAAAAAAAAAAAGCCACAGCAAACAUUUUGUGGGUUACAGGAGUGAGAAUUUCUGUGGAUUUGAAUCUUUGGGUGACACAGGAGGAAAUAUUUCAUUUCGAGCUGGGUUUGUGUUCUGAUGUCAGUGAUGACUGCAUAUAUGAGAAAAAAUGGAAUUAACAGUUCCUCUCUUAGUGAUGUUAAAUUUUUAUUGCCAUUAAUAUUCUUUAACCUGGGUUGCCUCUACUGAAAUCACAAUUUGAGCCCCAAGUGAAGCAGUUUGGUUAUUUCUGCAACCCCAGGGACCUCUCCAGACUGGUUUCAAUUGCCCUAAAACAAAUUUAGCAAACUGGAAGUGCUGAAAAUCCAAAAAAAAAAUAAAAAGGAGCUUGAGCCUCUCAAUUACAAAUAUUUCCCUCACAGUAGAGGGAAUACAUAUGUGUUAGUGAGUUUUUUAAUAGAUGAUUUCAGAUCAUUUCAGCAACUCAGGUUUGUCACUGAGCAAAACGUUCAGCAGUAAAAGGAUUUUUUUGUUUUGUUUAAAAUACUUUGGAAUGUGCUUUCAGGCUUGUUGGAAGUAACAAACAGCACAUGCAGCAUCUGACGUGCAGAAUUGACAAUAUUUAAAAUAAGAGAAUAUUUCAUGUAUUUUUUCUGCCCAAAGCACUUGAUUUGUAAAUAAUUUUUUUUUAAUUUAUGUUAUUUCAUCAAGAUACACUUUCCUUUGUUUCGCACCAAAGCUGGCUGCAUUCUCUUCAUGUUAUAAAUAUAUUACCAGUUUGUUCAUCACUGACAAAGUUUAUUACGUAUCUUCCAAAUGUUACCAGCAAAAUGUUCAAUAUCUGUACAUACAGCAAAUUUGUAAAGCAUUCUGUGACCCUUCCUUGCACAGUUCAUAAAUUUCUUAAUAAAACCAAAUUAAAGUGGAGGUUUUUAAUGUGUCUGAGAGCUACUGCACGUGGGGAUCUCCCCUGAGUGCUAAAAAAAGAAUAUUUGGGGUGUUUUAAUUACAUUUGGAAGGGAUGGGAGAGGUGUUUAAUUCCAUUUUUUAUCACACACAUCCUGGUGUUAAAUAGAAAACAAAGCAAAAUAUUUUGGAGGAGCACUUUUAUUUCUUGUUUUCACCAGGUUCCAAAUACAGUCAUGACCCUGGGUAUGAGAUCAGAAUUUCAGGAUAUUCUCAGGAGAAAAUGUUCCUAUAUGAUUUUACUGGCAGGGAUUUUGGGGAUUGUCGUUCCAAGCUGGUUUUUCUGGGGUUUGCAAAGUUUUGCAUUGUAUUUUUACCUGUUUUCAGUUAUUUUCAGUAUUAAGUAAAAAUAAAUAGCAGAAGGAUACAGAUGUUUCAGGUACAUUUUGGUUACAUUACUGCCCAGAACAAGAAAUUAUUUCAAAACCCUCUUUUAAAAAGAAAUACCUCUUAUUUAAUUAUUGACUGCUUAAUGUAAACCAUCAUAAACCAAUUUAAAAAACAGAGAAUAAUUAACAUGAUUAAAAUUCAGUCAUUUAGGUGCUGCUGUGAUGGAUCAAAAGUCAAAAAUAACCCAAAUUUUGCCAUAGCAGGGUGGGAGUUGAGUUCAUUCACUUCAUUUAACCUUGGCCACAGUAAAUCCUCUCUGAUUAUAAAAAGGGAGGUUGAAAAAUACAUCUUUAGGUGAAAAACAAAGUCCUCAAAUGAGGCAAAAGUAAAAGCUCAGGUGGGUGUUUAACUCCUACUGCAUAUUUGUAAGAGUUCAGAGGAAAAAUUAAAAAUAGCUUUUGUUUUCUGGUUUUUAAGGCAAUAAAACUUUGAGAUCUG